CAAAAGUCGGUCCGAGAGUGGGAGGAGAGAGAGAGAGAGAGAGAGAGAGCGAGUUCGCCGGAUGGAGAAGAGGGUGAUGAUUUUCUGCGCAGCCGCGGGCUUUCUUGGCCUUCUCUCUGCUGCUCUCGCCUUCGCCGCAGAGGCCACAAGGAUCAAGGUUUCUGAUGUGGAAACAACAACGCUAGGUGAAUGCAGAUACCCAAGGAGCCCAGCAUUAGCUCUUGGUCUUAUAGCAGCAGUGGCUCUUAUCAUAGCUCAGGCCAUCAUAAACACUGUAGCUGGGUGUAUAUGUUGCAAGAAGUAUCCAAAUCCAUCAGACACAAACUGGACAAUAGGGUUGAUCUCUUUUAUUGCUUCUUGGGUUACUUUUAUAAUAGCCUUUGUUCUGUUGUUGAGUGGUGCUGCCCUAAACGACCGAUGGGGACAGGAAAGGAUGUAUUUUGGUGAAUUCUGCUACGUUGUCAAGUCUGGAGUAUUUUCAGGAGGGGCAGUACUAUCUCUUGCAAGUGUUGCUCUUGGGAUUGUUUAUUACAUCUCAUCGGUGUCAUUAAAGAAUGUGCAGCCCUGCAAUUCGUCACAAAAUCAAGACAUUGCACUGGGUCAUCCUCAUACUACACCUCAAAGUCGGACGACCCCAGUAUUUGUGCAUGAGGAUACUUAUAAUCGACAGCAAUUCCCCUGAGGAUGAUACUUGCUUUGCCCAACAAUUUUCCAUUUCCUUUCUGUUCUUGAGCUCUUGCCUUCCGACAUGGGGAUUGCCACUCAAAUCCCCAUUACAUGCAAUUAGCUGGACCUUGGAUCAUUGUCGCGAGAGGCUUCCACAUGCGGUGCUUCCAUCACUUGUUGGCCGUGCAUUCGAGGACAGCACUCAACUGCAGAAUUUAGGAUCGAAUGGUAGCUUGUCAGUGGUAGAUGAACAGCAUUCAAUUGCCUGUUAGCUGAGUGUCGUUACGAUAUUUUGCAGGCAUUGGUGAAGUGUCAUUCUGACUGUUGUUGUGUUACAAUGUGUGCAUGAACAUGUACUGAUGGACUCAUCACAAUUUAUGUAAUAUGCUGUUUGAUCA